UGUACACUGGUCUACCUGAGUGCGCAGCUAUAAGGCUAGAGAGAGCAAGGGAGCUGGCUGGUGGGAGAACCUGGAGAACAGCCCGGGGAAUCCUUGCUGUGCGAUUGAAGGAGAAAGGAUUCUGCUCCUAGAAGGCUGUGGAGAGCUAGGCUGGUGGUCUUCCUGAGUCCUAGCCUAGGCUCCUAUCCCAACCUGACGUGCUUCUGGGGAAACUGUUUCCGGCCCCUAGUGUGAGCUUUGCUAAAUUUUCAGAUUAUGGCGGUGGAGAUGCUCCAGGACUGGUGCAGGUGGAUGGGUGUCAGCUCUCGUGGGGGCUUGCUUAUCCUGGGCAUCCUGGAGGACUGCAGUGAAGCUGAAUUCCAAGGGGCCCUGCAGGCUGCCCUGUGGCCCAUGGGCCACUUUACUGUGCUUGGAAAAGUGUUUCGUGAGGAGGAUAAUGCCACUGCAGCCCUGGUUGAGCUCGACCAGGAAGUCAACUAUGCUUUGGUCCCAAGGGAAAUCCUAGGCACUGGGGGGACCUGGAACGUGGUCUUUGUGCCCAGUUGCUCCAGCGAGGCGCUUCUUGAUCGUGUUUUCCACUUCUUGGAGCAACAGGGGGAGACAGUGGACAGUGUACCUGGAGACCCAGGUCUGGAGUUGGACAGAGUGUGCAGGCUCCAGUCAGUUA